AUGUACAACCUGAAGAUCAAGAAGAUUGACUGGGCAAUCAGGAUCAGCAUGGUGACACCUGUAGGACUUGGGCUUUGAGGGAGCAGAGGGAAGAUGUCUGCGCUUUACCUGGACCAGUAACCUGACCUGAAUGCUGAGAGGACAUCUAGAAGUUGGGUGGGUUUCUUUGAGAGGUUGAUAAAGAGAGGUUUUCAGUUUGCAAUAAAACACAACUUCAACAAAACAUCACAUCUGCACAUCAAACCAGUCAGCAACUUUUUUUAAUUAACAGUUUUAAACUUUUUUCUAUUCCAGCUUGUUCCUCAGACCCCGGCUGACUACAUGUCCCUGAGCUGUCUCCAGUCCACUGAUCCCAAAGGUGAGACUAAAGCAGGGAUGCAACUUUAUACACCCAGAUUGAAAAGAAGAUGAGUAUUCAGGACUCAAGGUGUGAUGGUUUUGUAUUUCUCUCUGUUAACCAGGAGCUGAAAUUGCGCCGGAUCCAGACAGACUGAACUCAUGAGUGCCCAGUGCCUGGACCCUGUUUGGUAAGUUAAGAGCUGGCUUCACAUCAUGGACAGUCCAUCGACGAGGGACACUGGAGGUCAGUUUGCACCAACACCUGCACCAAACAACACUGCACCCAACACCACAAAAACUAGGGCCCAAUCAAAGGUCAACCAGUGCAGGGUAGGAGGUUUCUGGUUAGGGUUUUGGUCGAGCUUGCGUCUGUUUGCUGUUGCGAUUGCGGAGAGUCGCUGUUCUCUGCCCGUGAUCUCCCACCAUCUGAUCGAAGAUGGAAUGGUGGGAUACUCCUUCUCCUCAACUACCUGA